AUGUUGUCAGGGAACAGCAGUGAUUCCCUGGCCUUCCUGCUGGUUGGCAUUCCUGGGCUGGCUCAUCUACACCGCUGGGUUGUCAUUCCUUUCUGUCUGACAUAUCUUGUUGCAAUGCUGGGAAACUGCACCAUCCUUCUGGUUGUAAGAACAUAUCAAAGGCUCCAUGAGCCCAUGUACUAUUUCCUUGCUAUGCUGGCGAUCACUGACCUGGGUCUAACCCUGUCCACCCUGCCUACGGUGCCACAUGUGUUCUGGUUCAGUGCCAUGGAGAUCAGCUUCCCAGUCUGCCUCAUCCAGAUGUUCUGCAUCCAUGCCUUUUCCUUCAUGGAGUCAUCAGUGCUUCUGGCCAUGGCUUUUGAUCGCUACAUGGCCAUCUGCUACCCGCUGAGAUAUUCCUCCAUCCUUACCCCUAGCAGAAUUGCAAAGGUUGGACUGGCGAUUAUCUGCCGAUGCACUAUGACUCUGUUCCCCUUAAUCUGCCUUCUUACGCAGUUGUCAUUCUGCAGGUCCCAUGUGCUUUCUCACUCCUACUGCCUUCAUCAGGACAUGAUACGGCUGGCAUGCACCAACACCACACUGAACAGCCUGUAUGGCUUAACUCUAGUGCUGCUCAUAGUGAUCCUGGACCCUGUGCUUAUCACUGUGUCCUACAUCAUGAUCAUUAAGACCGUGCUAGGCAUUGCCUCCAGAGAGGCACAGGCCAAAGCCCUGAACACUUGCGUUUCUCACUUCUCUGCUGUCCUGAUUUUCUAUGUCCCCAUGGUCGGCCUGUCCAUUAUACACCGGUAUGGGAAGAACGCUGCACCCAUUACCCAUGUUCUCAUGGCCAACAUCUACCUCUUUGUCCCACCUGUGUUGAACCCCAUCAUCUAUAGCAUGCAAACGAAACACAUUCGCCAAGGGGUUGUCAGGCUGUUGUGUCAAAGCCUGGCCUGGCCUAGCCCUGGCCAGCAGCCCUGGAGCCACUGA